AUCCGAUUGGAAAAAGCGCAGAGAGAGCAGUAUCAAAAACGAAAAUGAAAGGAUUAGCGGAAACGACCAUGCGAUUAAAAUAUUACCGAAAAAGCCCGGUCAGAAAGGACGGACGGUGAUGCACUGUAUGGAUGACGUCUGUAUCUUGCAAAAUAGAGGGAUUCCUGAUGAUGGCUUGCAAAUUAUUAAAACGUGCGUUCAGCAUUUACAAACCCUACUUUUGUUUGUCAACUUUUAUUGUCAUUAUGAGCGUCACUUAAACUGGUUUUAAAUUCGGAAAUAUUUUCUUGGGUGGGGCUUUUCUGGGGGGUAAUUCAUAAGGAAAUUGGGGUCUCAUUGUCGUCAGAAGGGAUAACCUAAAUUUUCCAAUAUGACCAAACUCGAAAGAGAACAGAAAUUUUUCUUAAAAGAUCUCACAGAAGAAAUUUCAGAGUCGAACGUUAACAUGAUUACGGUAAGAGUCAAUAGCGAUGAUAGCCUGUUGUCGGGAAUAAAGACCAAUGUGGAUCCUACAGAAUCUGAUGCUAGUUUAGAAGCAUACCACGCAAGACAGACUUUAUUAAAAGGAAGAAACAGCACGAUACAUUUUCAUGAUGAGGACAAUGUUAUGGAAUAUCCGCAGCAGGCCUUAUAUAGCGAAGAAGAAUGCCAGCAUGAACACAUGGACGAAACGAGUGGCAUGCAAGGGACAUUCCAAUCAAAUAUGCUUUUUGACGAAGAUGACGAAUGUACUACAUAUCUGGAUCAUAUAUCGUUUGCCAAGAAGUUCGUUGAAAAUGUUGUGGAGCAGUCGGAAGCGAAGACAAAAAAAAAACUUUCUCCCCGGUCUCUCCCUGUACGUUUUUCUUCUGACGAACAAAUAUAUGUGCAGAACCGCGAUGAACCGGUUUUUACUACCUACCAUGAAUCGGAACAAUUCGAAUAUGUGGAAACCAAAAAGUCGGAUAUAAAAUGGCCCACGGUGGAUAGUUUUACCGUCGAACUUGGAGCUUACGCGAUAGACGAAUACCUUUCUUAUUUCGAAACGGAAGAGGACUGGAUGUACGUUAUAUACUAUCAGGGUGUACAAGACUCACACUGUUCAAAUUUGUAUAAAUAUCAGGCAAUUUACAGUUUACCAACUUGGAAAUAUCCGGUGGCUCAGGCGACUGCUAGCUUAUAUUUUACCAUUGAAGUUUGUAGAGCCAAACCAUCUUAUUGUCCAGUCGAUGUAACAUUCAAGUACGAAACCUACCGACAAGCUCACCGGCCGGGCCAUAGCGAUUUCAACGAAAAAUGGUUACAUUACAUCUUAGACUCUAAAAUUAAAUUCUUCCAAAUUGUUACUUAUUAAGGUCAAACCAUUAAAGCAGCAAAAUAAAUACAAAAUUACUUAUUUAA